AUGAUAAAUAAGCUAAAUCUCUUCCUAAUUCUAGCAUCUCUAUUCCUGCUAACUUCCUCUAGAAAAUAAUAGGAGAGUAAACUUAGCAGCAAUGAUACUCCUCUUGAAAUCUUAAUAGAAUACUGCACUAGUUGAUC